AGCAUCCUAACACUAUGGUUUAAUAUUGUUUAACUAUGUUGACUAGUUUAUAUUUAAUCUAUGUAUGUUGCCAAUUGACUUGAGUCUUCCUGAAAGGUUUUUGCGAACUUUUUUGCUCGCUUCACUGUGUUUCCAAGCUUCACACCCCUCGGCGCAGCUGACACUGCCGGUCAAGUAUUACUUUACUACUCAAAUGCUAUCAUGAAUUACUCCCGGUUUUUGACCGCUGUGAGUGCUGCAAGGAAGCCGUCUCCUAUUCGCAUAUUAACUGAACUUCAGCAGCGUUCUCCCCCAACUCUGAUCUCACUGGCGGCGGGAUCCCCCAACCCCAACACCUUCCCCUUUCAGUCUGCCACCAUCAAAAUGAAGAAUGGUGCCAGCGUUGUGUUUGAUGAGACGACAAUGAAAAGAGCCCUCCAGUACUCUGGCUCUUGUGGGAUACCAGAACUCAUAUCUUGGAUGAAGGACCUUCAGAGGAAUCUCCACAGUCCCCCAACAGCCUCCUACAGCGUGGAGGCAGGGCAAAUGGAGAUGUGUGUGACCACAGGCAGUCAGGAAGGCCUGUGCAAGAUUUUUGAGAUGCUGGUUAAUCCUGGAGACAACGUCCUUCUAGACGCACCCACGUAUUCUGGGACUCUGGCGGCACUUCAGCCAUUAGGCUGCAAUAUCAUUAAUGUAUUGAGUGAUCAGUACGGAAUGAUCCCGGGAGCCUUGAGGGACGUCCUGUCCAGGUGGGACCCAGCAGAUGCCAAAAAACCAGGCAGCACAGUUCCCAGAGUCCUCUACACCAUCCCCAAUGGGGGCAACCCUACCGGAGCAUCAAUGACCACUGAGCGUAAGAGGGAGGUCUACCAGCUUGCCAGAGAAUAUGACCUCCUUAUAAUUGAGGAUGAUCCCUACUACUUUCUGCAGUUUCAAAAGCCCUGGGCUCCUACAUUUCUGUCCAUGGAUGUGGAUGGGCGAAUCAUCCGGACAGACUCCUUCUCAAAGAUCCUGUCAUCUGGCCUUAGGAUUGGGUUUGUGACAGGGCCCAAGCCCCUUGUGGACAGAGUGGUCCUGCACAUCCAGGCUUCCACCAUGCACACCAGCACCUUCACACAGCUCAUCAUUUCCCAGCUGUUGCAUGGGUGGGGACAAGAGGGCUUUCUGAACCACAUCGAUGGUGUGGUGGAAUUUUACAGAAACCAGCGAGAUGCGAUGCUCUCCUCUGCAGACAGAUGGCUCAAAGAUGUGGCAGAGUGGCAUGCCCCAGCGGCAGGCAUGUUCCUCUGGAUCCGGCUGAAGGGCAUCGCAGACACCCAGCAGCUCAUCAUGGAGAAGGCUUUGGAGAAAGAGGUGCUGUUGGUCCCUGGAGGAGUAUUCAACAUUGACAGCUCAGUCCCCUGCCCGUAUGUACGAGCUGCCUUCUCAUUGUCCACUCCCCAGCAGAUUGAUGAGGCUUUCAAGAGAUUGGCUUCUCUGAUCAAGGAGGCGUUAUGAGGAAAACAUUACAUUACAUUACAACAACAUGAAGAGAAAUUAUGUUUCAUUGAAAGAAAUAUUUUUCUACAAAUGAAUGUUUACACUGGCAUUUGGUACCCUGAGAAUCUGAAGUGUCAUUUUUAGUCAACAUUUUUCAUAAAUACUUUAAUACAGAACAGUAAUAUGCUAAUAUAUAAUAUAAUAAAUUUAAUAUAUAAGCGUAGGCUAUCUCUGAUAUUCCUGUGCCAAUACAUAACAUCUUGACAAAAUUAAGCUUCUUUUGCAAAUGACUAUGGAAGCGUUCUGUCAGUUUAGUCACAAGGAAAUGCAAGAGUUCUGUUUAUUUAAAUGGAAAUAGUGGCACACUAUCACAAGUAUUGUGUCUCUCUGCCAGGACUACUUUGCUGGUAUAUUGGUAAUGUUUAUCUUUUGUGAUGGACAUUACAUGUGAGAAUUGGGUGGCACUUUUGGAAAUUUUGGUAAAUAAGCAACACGGGUCUAUAACCUGUAUGCAGAUGUUCACAAGCUCCCAGCAUGCAAUACUUUUGAGAAAUGAAAGGGGGCAAGACUGGUGUAUCUUGCUGAGGACUUCUAUUUGUGUUUAAGAGUGUUUAUUUAAUUUAAUUUUUGUUUGGGUUGUCCAUCUGUCUGUCCAUCCCGAUUCUCGUGAACGCGAUAUCUCAGGAACGCCUUGAGGGAAUUUCUUCAAAUUUGGCACAUACCUCCACUUGGACUCAAGGAUGAACUGAUUAGAUUUUGGUAGUCAAAGGUCAAGGUCGCUGUGACAGCACAAAACACGUUUCUGCCUUGAAGGAAUACAAAACACGUUUUUGCCUUGAGGGAAUUUCUUCACAUUUGGCACACACGUCCACUUGGACUCAAGGAUGUACUGAUUAGAGUUUGGUGGUCAAAGGUCAAGGUCACUGUGACCUCACGUCCAUCCCAUUCACUUGUGAACGCGAUUUCUCAGGAACGCCUUGAGGGAAUUUCUUCAAAUUUGGCACAAACGUCCACUUGGACUCAAGGAUGAACUGAUUAGAUUUUGGUGGUCAAAGGUCAAGGUCACUGUGACCUCACAAAACACGUUUUUGGCCAUAACUCAAGAAUUCAUACGCUAAUUAUGACAAAGUUUCACACAAAUGUCUAUUAGGAUAAAAUUAAGUGACAUUUUAUAUCCAAACUGGCUACUGGUUGGUGGAGGCAUACAACUGCGAGGUGGUAUUUCUAGUUUUUUUUGCAUUUGCUUUCUAUUAGUGCAUGUAGACUGCAUCUUAAGUGUACGAUUCUGAGCCUGAAUUAAAAGAUUUAGCCCUUG